CAAAAGCCUUUGUUUUCAGGUUCAUUGUUUUCUCUAUCUAUAAAAGUACUGGAGCAACUUUCUCUAUAUAAAUACACCUUGAGGCUCAAUCUAGUUGAUCAUGUCCGAGUGUUUACUCUCUUCUGUCACAUAUAUAUCGUUCUCCUUGUGUUUUGGUCUUGUUGUCUCUCAUCGGUGUGAGAACUGAGAAGAGAGAGAGAGAUCAUGAACACUGGGGUUUCUGAAGGAGAUGAAAGUGUUAGCCUUGAGUUUCUAAAGAAGAAAAUGGCCGAUUUUGCAAAGGAAAGAAACUGGGAACAGUUCCACAGCCCCAGAAACCUCCUCUUGGCUCUGGUGGGAGAAGUUGGUGAGCUGUCUGAGAUAUUUCAGUGGAAAGGAGAGGUACCAAAGGGACUGCCUGAUUGGACAGAAGAAGAGAAAGUGCAUUUGGGUGAAGAAAUGUCAGAUGUUUUGCUAUACCUUGUCAUCCUCUCUCACACAUGUGGUAUUGAUCUUGGUAAAGCUGCUCUAAGAAAGGUUGAGCUUAAUGCUCUUAAAUACCCAGUCUCCCUCACCAAAACUUCUUCAAAAUAAACACAACAUUGCCUCCCAGAGUACUGGUUUUUUCCUCCUAUUAUAGUCUGUGAAAGCCCCCUCCACUAUGUUAAUAAUGGGCCUUGUUUGGUAAUAGCUGUUUUGUGCUUUUCAGUUGUGGUUUUUUUCUUCUCCUCAAAUCACUUGAAAAACCUCAGAACUCAAUUUAAAAGUUGUUGUUUAACAAGGUUUAGUGUUAUUUAGUUGGCAGCAAUUCUCAGAGAGACUGAUAGUGAUAUCAUAAAGAUUCACAUUUCAAUGUUCAAUAAAGCCAUCAUGUUCGCACACUUAUCUUUUGUGCUACGGGCCUUGAAUAUUGAGGCGUGAAUUUGUCUCGAAUUUGUUUAACCGGUAGCCCGGCUGGUCAUUCG